UUGUUGACUCCUACUGUUGGAUAUCCCUUCCCCUAGUUUCUUCUGGUUUAACGUUUAAGAUAUUACUAGUUUCAAUUGAAAGUGUAAGCAUCCCGCUGUGCCUCUUGUGUACCUUUUUAUUAUUGAAUUCACGCACUGUACACGUGAGUAUUACGAGAAGAUGUAGAUACUUGAUGGAAUUUAUUUUAUAUGGUGCUCUGAAAGAUUGUAAGAAAACGAUUGAAACUUUGCCUUUACAUAUAUCUACAUUUCCUUGAAGAAAUAUGAACCAGUUGGGUGUCAUCUGUUUAAUAAAUCUUAUUUUAGUGCAGUUCAGUCAAGCAAUUCUGCUACCUCCUUUUAAAUUGAAACAAUCUCAUCCUAACAUACGAUCAAAUAAUUUUCAUUUAUCUAAAAAAGAAAUCGAAGACGCUGUUCAAGUAGCAAAAAGAUUUACCAGUUAUUUGGAAAAAUUCGAAGAAACAAUCCAAUGGCCUUCUAGAAUUGUGGAAGGUACACCCGCUCAUGGACUGUUUAUUUCGCAAGCUCCCAAAUGGAAAGGAAUAGAGCGGGGAAGACAUGCUUUGUUAGCUAUCCAAGCUUCGGCCCAGCUGUCUUAUUACUGUCAUGAAGAAAAGGAAAUAAGUUUGGAUAAAUGUAGCGAUAUUUUGCUCCAUUACAAUUUCUAUAAUUCAUCCCUUGAAGAUUCCUGCAAACAUCUGCAAAGAAACUGCACAACUGUCGAUGAGUUGAGUGGUUUUAGAUCAAUAAACGGAUCAUGCAAUAAUUUUAAUAAAGGAAGUCUUGGGGAAUCAUAUACAACAUUCGAGAGAUUACUACCUGCCGUUUACUUAAAUAAUUAUGAUGCACCUAAACGCUCUCUUACUAAAGCAGCUUUACCGAGUGCUAGAAAAAUUAGUACCGCUAUCAUUAGCAAUGAACCUAAUCCACAUGAGUCACUCACCAUGGCAUUCAAUCAAUUUGGACAAUUUAUAGAGCAUGAUUUGAGCAACAUAGCUUUGUCUGUAAUGAUUCAUCGUAAUGAUUCCUUUACGUGCUGUGGUACAGAUGGAUAUGAGAUAGCUCCAAGAUACAAGCAUCCUUUGUGUAUGCCAGUUAAAAUUUCCUCAGAUGAUAAGUAUUAUUCUAAAAAAUAUGUGCAAUGUAUGAAUUAUGUUCGAUCUCUGCCUGCUAUGAGACCAGAUUGUUCGAUUGGAUAUUUAGAACAGCAAAACCAAGCUACACAUUACCUAGACGGCUCCCAGAUCUACGGUACCUCCGAUGAAGCUUCUUGGGAGCUGCGCACCAAAGAAGGAGGCAAGUUGAAAACAAGCAAAAAUAAUUUUCCAUCUUUAUCCAAUAAACCCCAACAACAUUGUGGAGCAAAAUCAGAGAAGGAUGUAUGUUUUAUUUCUGGUGACCAACGUGUUAAUCUGCACCCGCAAAUUACAGUAAUCUACACGUUAUGGAUUCGAGAACACAAUAGGAUAGCAGAAGAAUUAUCUAGAGUUAAUCAACAUUGGGAUGACGAAAGAGUCUUUCAUGAAGCUAGAAAAAUAGUUAUAGCAGAAAUGCAGCAUAUAACUUAUUAUGAAUGGCUGAAAAAUUUAUUAGAUAUCAAAUAUUUAACCAUGAUAGAAAAAUUCUCAAAAUAUCGAGACGAUAUUGAUCCAUCUGUAUCUAAUGCAUUUGCAACUGCAGCUAUACGAUCUAUGUACUCCAUGCAUGCAGAAAACAUCAGCCUUGUCGAUCAUAACCAAAAAGAAAUUUCGGCAUUGGCUCAUCAUAAAUACUACAAUAAACCUGAGAUUGUAACAAAACAUAAACACUUUGAUCUGAUUCUGAAAGGAAUUUCCAACCAGGCGGCACAGAAAAUAAGUAACUUUUAUUCCAAUGAGUUGAACAGUAUGUUCCUAGCUGACGACAAUUAUGGAUACGACAUCGUCAGUUUGGACAUUCAAAGAGGAAGGGAUCACGGUCUUCCUGGAUAUAAUGAUUAUCGCAAACUCUGUGGAUUACCAAAGGCAUCUAAUUUUAAAGAUUUUAUGGACGUAAUGACCAAUAAUAGUGUCAACAUUCUCUCUAAACAAUACAAGCACGUAGAUGACGUUGAUCUUCUUAUCGGUGGACUUUUGGAAAAACCGUUACAGGGAUCUCUUGUAGGGCAAACAUUUUCUUGCAUGCUUGCUGAUCAGUUUGUGAGAAGCAGACGAGGAGAUCGCUACUUUUAUCUGAAUUCGCAGCAACCGAAGCCAUUUACUCACUUACAAUUGUCUCAAAUCAAGAAAAUCACGUUAGCUAGAAUAUUUUGUGAUAACUCAGAUAUAGCAACCAUUCAGCCAAAUGUUUUUGAAAAAGUUAGCUCAAGUAACAAGUUAAUGAACUGCAACACCAGUGAUCAAAUUCCCAAACUGGAUCUUAGCGUCUGGACUGAUUCAAGAAGAAAAUAAAUAAUUUUUUAUUAAUGUAAGACUGACUGACUAUUAGUUACUUAAAUUUUAGUGUAAGUGUAGAAAGAACUUAUAAAAUUACCUUUUAUCAUUAAAAUAUUUUAUAAAAACU